GCGUCUCAUAAAUUUUCUGUUAUUGUUUGAUUGAUACAUUUCACAGAAUGCUGCUAAAAACAUUGGCAUGCUUUCAGCGACGCGUCAUAAGGCGUUCAUUUAGAACGAUUGCUGCAGCGCAACCAUUCCUUCACUAUGUUGUGUAUUCCAAUCACGUAGCUCGUCCAUUUUCACCGUCUCGGUCAACAUUUUCAACUCUCUAUGCGCCACGUAUGAGGGAUACUAUUUAUGCACUCUCGACCCCAUCAGGAAAAUCCGCUAUUGCAGUCGUCAGGAUAUCCGGACCAGCUUGCUCUGAUAUAUAUCGUGCUCUUUGCCCGAACAGUCCUUUGCCAAAGCCUAGAUUCGCCACCGUCCGUACUCUAUAUGACCCUACAUCUCCUUCAGAUAUGGAUUCAGUACUCGACCAUGAAGCGCUUGUCCUAUUCUUUCCUUCGCCGCAUACUGCAACUGGAGAAGACAUACUCGAACUGCAUGUUCACGGCGGUCCAGCAGUGAUUAAAGCAGUGUUGCAAGCGAUACCGCAAUGUGGUUCUGCUCAUAAUCGUGUGCGUUACGCAGAACCUGGUGAGUUCACGCAACGAGCGUUUUAUAACAAUAGGCUUGAUUUGACGCAGGUUGAGGCACUGGGUGAUAUUCUCGCUGCAACCACAGAGCAACAGCGGAUUCUCUCAAUACGUGGUAUGACCAAAACUCUUACCCAAAGAUACAACCAAUGGCGUACAAAACUGCAACAUGCUCGAGGCGAACUAGAGGGACUUAUCGAUUUUUCAGAAGACCAGCAUUUUGACGAAUCUUCGGAAACGCUACUAUCCUCGGUAGCAUCUCAGGUCCGGCAUUUGAAAAAUCUCAUAGAGCUGCAUGUUCAGAAUGCUACGCGCGGUGAGCUUCUCCGCAACGGCAUUAGCGUUGCCUUUCUCGGAGGCCCCAAUGUAGGAAAGAGCUCUCUGCUCAAUCGCGUUGUAGAUAGAGAAGCCGCAAUUGUCAGCAAUGAGGCUGGAACUACCCGCGACAUUGUCGAAAUUGGUAUGGAUCUCGGGGGUUAUUUGUGUCGCUUCAGUGAUAUGGCCGGACUUAGAGGCAAGCACAAUACAACAAAUCAGCAAGAGCAGGUUGGAGCCAUAGAGCUAGAAGGUAUCAGACGUGCAAAGCAACGUGCGCUUGAAUCCAAUGUCGUCGUUGUUAUCACUGAGGUUCAACGCGAUUACACGGGAGAGGCCUGUCUACUCUUGGAUAAUGAGGUCACUGAUAUAGCGGCACAAUGCGCGGCGCAAGGAAAUCACAUGCUGGCUGUCGUAAAUAAAAUCGACCGGAUCGAUGACAAACAAGUGUCACCAAAUUCGCACUGGAAUUCCCUCAAGCAUCAAUUUCACAGAUUUUUACCAUUUAUUGAACCGAACUCGAUAAUCAUGACUUCUUGUACGUCCCCUGGGCAUGAAGGCAUACACAACUUUCAAGAAGCCUUGGUCGCAAUAUUUAAAUCUAUGACGAAGGCGAUCUCUGUAGAUACGCACUCUGGAUCUCCCUUACAUGAAUCACUUGGAGCUACCGAACGCCAAAGGCGACUGCUUCAGACUUGUUUGCAGUUUCUGAACUCAUUUUUAUCGGAAAUUCCGAUGAUUCCAUCAAGAGAUAUUGGAGACAUUGACAUUGUGGCGGCGGCAGAGGCUUUACGAGCUGCUGCAGACUCGCUCGCAAAAAUUACUGGACAUGGCAGUGCUGGAGAUGUUGAAGAGGUUCUUGGUGUAGUAUUUGAAAAGUUCUGCGUAGGUAAAUGAUUGACUUUGCUUACGGUAGCUUUAGCUUCGUGCUUAUCGUAGUUGUUCCUAUUUCCCAAACCAUUCACCUCGUAAUUAGACAAAAUUCUUGACUGUGAGUAAAGGAAAUGUCUCUCAGAUUUCAGUGCAAUACUCAUCGGAUAUGGUAUUUGAUUGAAUGGCCAAUAGUUUGCAAUCAAGACGAUAAGAUUUAGACAGGGUUGUCGACAUUUAAGUGGAUGUGGCCAUUGUGUGCCACAAUGACAUAAGAUAUGGAAAAUAACUCAUACUUCAAAGUUGUGCUUGAAACAAUUUGAGGGAACAAGCUCACAUUUGAAGACAAACGAUUAGUCCUUAUUACAAUGGUUGUUUUGGACCGAAGAGCAUGACCUUUGUAUAAGUUACUGAGAUGCUACAGUUUUCAACCACCAAGUGAUCAUUUUAGAAAGAACACCACAAACAGCGAGAACUCAAUUCCUGGAUUCUACAAUAAUAUCAUCCAAAAGCCAUCGAAACACGCCUGCUAGUGGCCGAGACAGCCUCUAGAAGUUACUUAUACCUCCCUCAGCACAAACUAGGCUCCUCCAGAUGUCGCUGUCGCAACCAUGGCAUGGCAAGGACACUAAACACACGAGGAUGCUACACAACACGACGCGUUCAUCGAAGACGACUGCGAGUGCCAUCUAACUGCAAUCCAGCAACAUUGUGUGCGACGACCAGGCCCAAACACACCACAACAAAAUAAUGUCACAUAAUCCAGUUUAUCGAUGGAUUCCCUGGCUGGAUCAUCAACCCUUGUCAACGUUUGCAAUGUCCCGUACCGACAACUAUCGGCAGAACGACAAAAUCUCUCACGCGACUCGAACACCAGACACCCGGAACGCUCCGAUCGAUCUUCCAAAUACUGCGGCUACCAGACAGCUUUGUCUAAAGUCGUAUCAGCGAAUCGUUUAACUGCAAGCUGACGUCUAGAGCCUUGAGCCUUUUCCCACACUGUUGCCUCCCAGUCAUGGCAUUGGCAAGAGCAGUUGCGCGACCCAGCAAGCAGGAGAGACGCAUCGAAGGAGCCCUAUCAGCAGCGGAUCACCGAACUUUGUGCUGGCACACGCAGCCUUGAGCCUCUCUCCAGACUACCGUCUUCCAGUUAUAGCGUUGGCAAGAUUGGGCGCCCCACACAGCAUGCAAGUGGGCGAUAAGCAGCAGAAUGGCUCCUACUAUGAGACGGCAGGUCUACAGCACAAUCAGUGCCAUACAAUAGUACAGCUAUUAGACAGCCUCGUGCACUGUUGCGCCCCCACCCCGUGGAGAGGGAAUUUGUCCCCCUUCAACACAAGCGACAAGGUCUGAGCAGACUUACGCCG